AUGACGUCUGCAAAGCCACAUCCGGAAGGCAGUGCGUGUGCGUGGCCGAAAGAAAGAAGCGUCGCACCCCCGUCUUUUUCUGUAGCGUCAGGUGAUGCGCAACCGGGGGGGCCGGAGGCGGGAUUCAAAUCGACAAAAGCGGCAAACGCACCUCCUCAAUAUGAACUAUCCGAUGGGUGGAUAACAACGGAAAGUCCACCGGACACUCAAAGAGAACCCGGGCACUCCGCUAUCGCUUUUCUUUUCUGCGGCUGCCGUGCAGAUUUUGCCAACUGCCCUGCCCUCGGCAAGAGACGAGCGCUUCACUGGCCUCGUCUGGAAGCCCACGGACGCAGCCACCAUUUUAUGGCUGGUGGAGAGACCGCCUUCCCCCAAGGGGUGCAGGAAAGAGAACGCGUGACACCGGGAUGUAUACAGGUCUGUGCCUUUGCUGCUUACGUUCGAGAGCUGAAGCGCAAGGACCUUAUUGGAGGGAGGCGUUGGAUUUUUGGAAAAUUGGCGAGGCUUGUCGACGAUCUCUACGGGCAGAUAUCUGUACCGCGGCACGCCGUCAGAUCGCGGGGGAAGCGUGUCGGUACCCCUGAGCCCUAUCGAUAUACAGAAAAACUUGCACGGCAGCAUUUGACUGGGCAGUCCUCCUCCGAGUCAGCCCCCAACAGCAGCUACAGCGUCCAGCAGGCGACGCCGAAACCAAAGGCCUUCAUUCCUCCCAAGAUUGUAAGUGCAAAGAAGGCGGGGGGCAAAGGCAAGCGGCCACUGCCGAAGCGCACUCCUUUUCCAGGAACAGCCGUUGCUUCAGUGGAGGCAGCGAAAGAUGAAUCGUCAGGUAGGAAGGCGGAUCUCGCACUUCUUCAGUCUAGUCUGCAGAAGUCGCGUGCUAGCAUCGGGCAGCGCUGGCAAGAAGCCUGGAAGAGCGCAGACUCCUCCAUGCUUUCUGGGGAGUCAGAUCUCGAUGAACUAGGAUCUCUCAGCUCUUCUGCACUCCACAGCAGUCUUUCUUCGUCUAGAGACAGCAAGCAUCCGCUGGGUGAAAGCGAAGGGGGGGAGGUGCCCAGGUCCUUGACGACGAGUGGGGAUCGAAGAGACAUCAUGCAGCUCUUAGAAAAAGAAGUAUCUGAAAGCGUGGCUUCCAUGCCAGAGAGCACAAAAGGAAGCCUGAAUUUAACGGCCUCAGACUUCAUCGCGGAUCUCAAGGCGGAUUUCGCGCAAGACGACAGCUCCUACCUCCAAGCUGCAGUGCCUAUAGGAAGCUCUAUACCGCGUCCCUUCCAACAGAUGAAGCUGAACCUUUUUCAGGGAGGCGAGCGAGCAGGUGGUUCUCCUUCGCCCUUGUCUACGGAAAGUUCAGCUGCAAGCUUCGUGGGCGCUCGUCUUCCGUCGAGAGAGACUUCCGCACCGGGGGAGUUCGAUGAGGACCUUGGGCUGUCAGAAGAAGAGGACAGGGAAGCAUUGCUUGCGAGAGAGAGGAAAAGCAGAGACAUGAGAACGGCUUCAGGGAGGAAGGCUUUCCAAGCGGCUGGUGAAGCAGGCUACAGCGAAGCGGAGGAGGAAGUUCAAGAACCUCGAAGGAAGACAGUCGUGGUGAAGCGGCCUCUCAAGCCUUCCGAUAUGGCUGUGGAAGCGAGGCUUGAGGAAGACGCAUGUUUGGAAGACUUCGAUCGACGGGAGAUGACGGAUCGCAUUAUAUACGAAUACACGACCGACCCCCUGACGCCGCAGUUGGAGAAACUGCGAGACGAAAGAGUGCGGUUAGCCGAAUGGGCAAAGCGGGUUGGCGCACAGAGACUCGCUGCGGGAGCUGAAGGACAGGAACGUACAACGGCCAUAAGGCCCCCCCUAGUGCGGCAUCCUCCUCCACAAACCGAUUUGGCGGGAACCUUUCCAGCUACAGAUGCAGAGUAUCCGCUGAAUGUGGAUUUCUCGCCUCGUGGAGAGGGUAUCGAGCAGCGGAUGCUGCAGCGCGCGCUGUUGCCGAGCACGAAGGUGUGGCAGCUAGAGCAGCGCAACAAGCGGCUCCAGCGGCAGACCGCAAAGCAGAGAGAGCACCUCAUACUGCUGCAGGCUGCAUUGAGGAAGAAGGCGGCUGCAGAGCACCCUGCGACAAGCGCGUCUGAGAAGCGCACUGACAGCUUUGGUGCAAAGGAAGGCGAUCACCUCCCGCUGCAGUCCCGCACGCUGGAGCUGCAAAUGUACGAACAGCAGUGCGUCUACCUCGGCGCUCAGUUGGAUGAAGAACACGAUUUUGCUCGCGCAUACAAGGAGCAGCUGGACAAGACUCUCUUCAAGAAUAUAGCCUUGAAGAAGCGGCAUGCCAACGCUGUCGCCGCCAUCAAGCACCACAAAGCCUUGCAGGAGCAGCAUGCGGCGGCUCAAGCUCACAACGAAGAGGCCAUAGCCGACUUGCAAGACAGAAUGGAGAACGAAGCCCAUAAGCGCCUUCUGGAAGUAAGCUGCAGGCAGCAGCGCGAAGAGCAGGCAUCUGCCUUGCAGCAGCGGUAUGCGCAGCUGCUGCAUUAUCUCGAGGAAGCGGAGGAGAAACGCAGUGCCUUCGAGGAAGGCAUGCGCGUAGCCCAAAGCGAGGCUCAAAAAUCCCAAGCGCUUCUGCAAACAAAGGAAGUCGAAAUUUCUCACGCCAAGCGCUACAUGGAAACGCAAGAUGCUCAGAUGCUCGAAAAGGAAGUUUUGCUGCGCAAGGAGCGAGACAGAGCAACUUUGGCAGAGCGCAAGGCAGAGCAUCUUUCCGAAGUCGUCGCAGCGAAGGAACUCGAGAUUGCGAAUUUGACGGAGAAGGUGGCAGACGCUGAAACGCUGCUGCAGCAAGAAAGGGAAAUGCAUGAUCAGACGCGAGAGGCCGUUGCAGCAGCUGAAGAGGAGCUGCGGCGGAUGAACACGGAGGCAGACGCAAUGCGUAAGCAGAUCGACACUCAGAAGGCCUCGACUGCCGCAGCGCAGCAGCAGAUCGCCGCUCUGGAGAAUCUGACGGCAGAGUUUGAAGUGCUUGCUGGCGAAGCCCACGCUGAAGAAGUCGCACUCGAAAAAUACAAAGCAGCCAUGGAAGAAAGGCGCAAGAGGGCUCUCGCGUUGCUGGAAGCUGCAGAAAAUUCGGCAUUAAAUGUGCUUUCGCAGCUUGAAAAAAAUGGUCCUGGUGCGCAGGGAGCAAUGAGCGAGAUCGCGCAACAGGUGGAGGCGUUGAAGCAGGCAAGGGAAGCCGAAGUAGCGUUGCACGAGGAGGAGCACAAAAGAGCAGUGGCAGCGCAGCAGCGGCUGGAGCAGGAGAGGCAGCAGUUGCAGCAAGAGCUAGCGUCUGUCAGGCAGCAGUUGCAGCAAGACCUGGCGUCUGUCAAGCAGCAUUUGCAGCAAGAAGCAGCGCAUCGCAAAGCCGUGGCGAAGCGUCUUGCCUUGACUGCAUGCACCUACGGCAGACAGGGGACGUCAGAAAUUUGUCGAGAGCUUCGAGCCAUGCGGAUCGGAACGCCUCUGGAAAUAAUUGGCAAAGCCCCUAGACGUCCAGAGCUUCGAUAUUUCAAGAUGUUUAAAAGCGGGGUUGUCAUGUGGACAGACGAUUUGUCGGGCAAGAAGAGUUUCAAGAAGAGUGAUCAUUUCGUGGCAGGGGCAAUUAUUGGCAUUGACUUUGGAAAAUGCAGUUCCGCAUAUCUCUACGGCCUCGAGCAGCAGAAAGGUGUCAAUGGGAGUGCCACCACCACUCAAGCACCAGUAGCCCCCUGGCGCUGCUUCACAGUUCGAACUCAAACGGAUACGUAUGAGUUUCGUGCUAAAAGCGAUGAAGCAGCUCAGGAUUGGGUAGUAGGCCUUGGACGGCUUAGUGCCACGCACUGCGCCCCCACGGUGACAAACAGGCACGAGCUCAUUGUACACCGCGUGAGGAUGAAGCUGACUGCGUAUGCAAACCAGCGAGGCGUGCGGCUGGCAGUUGUCUGGAAGGAGGCCAUCGACAAAACGUUCGGAAAAAACCCUCCAACUCGUGGGCAAGCAAAACCUGAACGACUUCCUGCUUCCGGAUCGCCCCCUCAAGCGAAACAGAGCAAUUCCCAUCGCCAAGAGCAGUCGUCACCGUCGCAGCAGCAGCAGCAGGGAGAGAGCAGAAGCAGACGCACGUCUGGAGGGGCUGAGCGAGGCAGAGGAGGCUCUCGCCAUCGCGGGGCUUCCGAAAGCCCCCAAGCGGCGAAAGACCACCACCAACCCCGCGAAUCACCUGAGAGCGCUGCUAAGGGUUCAUCACCCAAGUCUCCAGAGCCUUCGGAACCGAAGAAACACCGGAGGCACACGCAGCAGACACCCGAAGAGCGGCGAAAGAGCAGCCACUCAGCUUCUAAACAAGAGCGCAAGGCUGCCGAGGCGCAGGCCUCCCCAAAUUCCUCCCCGACGCCAGGCCGGGAAGAGGGGGGGCAGCAGCCGCAGCGCUCUUCAAGGGGAAAAGCAACGCGAAAUAGAAAGGAGGAACCUAAGGGUGACGCUGCAGCAGCAGGCGAAGCUAAGCCCUCCUCAGGAAAGCCAAGGCCCCCGUAUUUCUCACGUGAUGAAACAAAGCAGCAUAUUGCACCCCAGAGGCUGUUGCUUGUUUUGGUAGCGCUUUUUCGUGCGCUUGAUAGCGGUAGAAAGAGAUUUAAGGCGCCAGGUGCCUAUACAGAGAGAGAGAUAGAGAGAGAGGGUAACAGAGAGCACGUGCACGCAGCCAGUGCCUGGAGAAUUCGAGAAGCACAGCGUGUGAGAGGGAAGACAGAGUGCGCCUUGGUGAUGAAAGGGGCUGAGAGAGAGGCCGUUGUGGUCGCUUAA